CAUCAAAAACAACUCAGUCAAAGUCCAUCAAUUUCUUUUUAUAAUUUUUUUAAUUAAAAAAUAUAAAAAUGGCUGCUCCUUUCAAGUUUUUCUACGACUUGAUGUCGCCUCCGACACGUGCCUUAUACAUUUUAUUCAACCAUUUGCGGGUGCCUUACGAACCUGUAAAAAUCGCUUUACGUCGCAGUGAGCAUCUUACCGAUGAGUUCCAGAAAAACGUUCAUCGUCUCUCUUUGAUGCCAGUCAUUCAUCAUAACGGUUUGCGACUCUCAGAAAGUGUCGCGAUUUUACAUUAUUUAGCAAGAGAGAAAAUUCUGCCAGCGGGAAAUUCAUUUUUUCCACUGAAUGACGAUAAAACUCUCGCACGAAUUGACGAAUAUCUCGAAUGGACUCAUAAUAAUAUGAGACUUGGCGCCGGAAUGUUGUUCAGGUUAAAGUGGAUAACUCCGUUCAUUACGGGCGAAAAGCCAAGUCCCAAAGAAGUGAAGAGGUAUGAAAAAAUUUUCGAACAAAGUCUGAAUACGCUGGAAAAUGUGUGGUUGGAAGAGCAGAAAUUCAUUGCGGGAAAUAAAAUUACUUAUGCUGAUAUUUUAGCGGCUUGUGAUAUUGAACAAACAAAAAUUGCUGGAUAUCAUCCCCUGAAAAACCGCCCAAAAUUACAUGAUUGGCUAGAAACUGUUCGAAAAGAGACAAAUCCAGUUUUUGAUGAAGGACAUAAAUAUAUUUACAAGUAUGCGGAACAAUAUAAAGGAGAUGUUCCUGUUAAAAGCUCUCUAUGAAACUCGAAUAAAGAAAUUUUUACUUAAUUCA